AUGACUACGACUCUGCGACGAGAUGCUAAUAUGUGCGAGGCAUGUGGCAACAAGCCGAAAUAUGUUGAUCCAAGUGGAAUGCAACACUCUUAUUGUGGUCGCUCGUGUGCUCGGACCAUGGUAGGAAAGGCAGCGUCUGAAUGUUCACUCAAAGGCUGUAGCAACCCAGGGAACGCUUUCAAUGGGUUUUGUUCUGUUGAUCACGCCAAGCAAGGGAGUGCGGUUUCUCCCCCGUCAGCUUCUCCAGGCCCCAAAACGCAACCACAAACUCACAACCACAACGGUACUGGGCGUACGAAGCCUAAACCUCCCUUGGAUAUCGUUCACUUGUCUGAGAUUCCCAGUUCUACGACGGUCUGGCGAGAAUUUGUGAGGGAAUGGAACAGCAAAUGGUUGUCCCAGGAAGGCUCGGCAUUGGUGGAAAAGCUAUAUGAAAUAUCUUAUCCAACUAGUAUAUCCGAUGCACAGGAUAAAUAUCUACAGGGCACACAAGCUACUGGGCAAGCCCGGAUCUUACGCACAUUCCACGCAUCUCAGUGCAUCUGCGACAUGGGAACCAAAGGUCCCAUGCUCUGCAAAUGGAAUUCAUGCGGCAUCUGCAAUGUUGUAGGCUCGGCUUUUAAAGGUGUCGCCUUUGGUGUUCAAUACAAUACAGGGAGGCAAGGCAAGGGGCUAUACUCUUCUAGAAACCCAGCUUCCGCCGAUCGACUUGCCACCUCAUGCUUGUCUUCACCUUACCGCGUCGUCAUCGCCUGCGAUGUUGUUUUACCGCAGAACCUUGACAAGAGCACUUCGGUUGUCGCUGGCGACAGGGUAGUCGUUCGAGUGUCAGAGGCGAUUAUCCCCAGAUUCGUCGUGAUGUACACGAAGCAGACUUGA